AUGAUUAUCUUAUUGGGUCUACAGAUCUUCAGAGUUGCCAAUCAAUUAAUGAAUGGGUCGACACCUUUGCAUCCGUUUCCAGCAAAUUCAGACGACAUUUCUAAACGAUAUAAUGAAUUGAAAACUUUAGACGAUAGCAGCGAUCCUAAGCCUAGUAUCAGAAAGUAUUCAAAGCAGAAAAUUAUACCAAAACCUCAUUCAUAUGCAGAAAGUGUUAAAAGACCUAAAUAUAGGAAUAAUUAUCUCAUUUCCGACUCAGACGUCAAUUCGGACGACAAAAAUGAGUCCGAUUUUGAUUCUCAACCAAAUGCAGAGGUAAAAGAUGACGAUAAUAAUAGUGACGAUAAUAACAACAAUAAAUAUGUCGCGGAUUAUAAUGAAUUAGAGCAAGAUUUCAAUGAUUUUGACACAAAUGAUGAAUCGGAUGACAAAAAUGAAGAGCCCAUCGAAGAGAGCGCUGACUAUAACUAUAAGGAAGAGAUGACUCCGGAGUGCGCUUCUGAACAUACAUUUUGCGAUUAUGACGACAAUUAUCCCCAAAACUGGAUUCAAAAAUCAAUUGACAAACAAAUGGAUCUUUUGACUCAAAUAAUGCCCGAAUCGUCGGAAACGUUUGAUUUAGUCGAAGGAAUAUCGAAAGAAAGGGACGAGAAUUACACUUAUAGUGAAAAUGUAAAUCAUAUGCUAAACGACGACCAAAAUGAUGACAAAAAUACUGAUAAUAAUGAGAUUCAGUACACAAACGGCGGUUAUAUUUGUCCAUCACUUGUGGAUUACAUUCAGCCAAAGCGAGCGCAGAAUACAGAAGGGCUUUGGAAAGUGAUUCUCAAUUUGAAUGAGUCUUACAGAGGAAUUGAUGUGAAACAACACAUAAGGCUUGAAGAAUGCCAUACGGCAAUGAGCGGCUGUUGGCCUGGACUCCAGACAAAGGCAUUCAUUUGGAUAUUUUUCGGCUCCCAAUCGCCUGUUCCUUUGAACAACUCUAUAGAACACGCUAUGCCAUCUCGAAGACAAUAA